AUGUCUUCUGGCCGCCCUCGCAUAAUGAUUUGUGGAAACCUUGUUUGGGCUCAUGAAGAUGCCAAACAACUCUUUGACGGACUCGCAGAUGUGGUCUCUAUGGAUUCUCCAGAUCGCGCAGAUUUCCUCGCAGGACUGAAACCUGGGGGAAAGUAUGAAGGAAUUGUGGGCAUAUACCGGCACAACACCUCUGCAGACCGUAUGGGCAUUUUUGACAAAGAGAUCAUCGAUGCUCUGGCUGAGAUGGGCACCGUCAAGUGGAUCGCACAUAACGGUGCAGGGUACGAUCAAAUCGAUGUCAUUCGAUGCGCAGAAAAAGGCAAAUAUUUUUAUCCGUUGCAUCUGUCAAAGUCUGCCGUCGGCAUCAGCGUGUCCAACACCCCUGGUGCUGUUGAUGACGCAACUGCCACAACGGCGCUGUACCUGGUCAUUUCUUGCCUCAGAGAGUACGCUUGGGCCGAACAAUCCCUUCGCAAAGGGACGUGGAAAACGGUGCUCGAUUCUGGGCGUGCUCAUGACGUCACGGGACGGACGCUGGGUAUCUUGGGCCUUGGCGGUAUUGGCCUUCGACUUGCUCAUUUAGUCCACGCAUUCCCCAUGCGUGUUAUCUAUCACUCAAGGAGGAAGAUUGCCGAUGCACCAGAGUGGUGCGAGUACAUUGACAGCGUGGAAGGGCUCUGCCGAGAAAGUGACGUUCUGAGCCUGCACGUCCCUUUGCGUGAGGAGACAGUUCACCUGAUAGGCGAGAAAGAGAUUCGGGCGAUGAAGAAGGGCAGCAUCAUAGUUAAUACUGCGCGUGGAAAGGUCGUUGACGAGGAGGCAAUGAUCCGUGCUCUCGAAGAUGGUCAUGUGCGUCAGAGUUUCUUUUUCUUUUUCGAACUGUUUGUUAAACAAAAAUUGCGACCGGAUCCACAGCUUUCGUCUGUCGGUAUAGACGUGUACCCAAAUGAGCCGUUCGUGAAUCCGCGUUUGCUCGAAUUCCCGCAAAACUGCCUCCUACCCCAUAUGGGGACAGAGAACCAGGAUUCCCAACGUCAUAUGGAGGUUCGCGCAUUAACUAACUUGAGAGACUUCCUUCGCGAUGGCAAGGGAAAGGAUCUGGUCCCCGAGAUGCAGAGUAAAUUGUGA